AUUUUUUAUAAUCAAAACAUGGUAGACCAACUAACCGAUAAACAAAUAGCGGAAUUCAAAGAGGCAUUUGCCUUAUUCGAUAAAGCGGGCGAAGGCAAAAUACGUCUAAGAGACAUCGGAAUGGUGAUGAGAGCUUUGGGCUAUAAUCCCACGGAAAAAGAAAUCAACGAGAUCAUAGAGCAGUACAAGGCGGAUGACAUGUUGGAUUUUCAAAAAUUUUUGACCAUUAUUUCGACCAGGUUGAGGGAAAAUGACACUGAAGAAGAAAUAAGAGAAGCAUUUAGGGUGUUUGAUAAAGACAACACAGGUUUUAUAAAUGCAGCUGAAUUAAGGCAUAUUAUGAUGAAUUUGGGGGAGAAGUUAACAGAGGAAGAAUGGGAUGAAAUGCUACGAGAAGCGGAUAUUGACGGUGACGGUCAAAUAAAUUAUGAAGAUUUUGUUACAAUGAUGAUGGGGAAAUAAUACGAAUAUGUACCUACUUAAUUACACAGGUCCACAACAUUUUUAGUAAUCAGAUUAGGUUUUUAACGUGUUGAAUUCAUAUUCGACCUAAGCCCCCCCCCUAUCACAGAUGAGAAUUUCUAAUUCAAUAUUUGGGGUUAAGUAACGAUUAUAGAUUAGUAUUUCUCAUAAACAGGAUGAACUCGAAUUUGAAUUAAUUGCAUUAAAAAACUUGUUAUUUUAACAAAAGAAUGUUGGUUUAAUUUUGUUGGCCUGUGUUAUUAUUAUAUUAUAUUAUAUUAAGGUGUUUUUUUGUGAAUCUUUUACGAACAAUAUUUUAAAAAAAUUUUACAUGACGAUAUUAAAUAGGAAACCAAUAAGUAUUAUUUUAUAUUUUAUAAUUAAAUAUAAUUACAGA